AUGUACAGGGAAUUCGUCGUCCUAGAAAAGAUCGGCAGUAGAGCCUUUAAACUAGCAUUGCCUACAGCAAUGAAAAUACACCCAGUCUUUCAUGUUUCCUUGCUUACACCAGCCCGCCACAAGGACCUUCCUGAUAUUACAGGACAUAACGAAUGGAAGCAAUCUUUAGAGGACAAUUUGAUUCUGGCCCUCGCAUCGACAUCAGUAUUACUCCUGGAUCCUCAUAAAUAUUCGAACGAGAUAAAGCCAUUUUUCGGCCAGGAUGACUGGCGUGCAGUCAAUGAUCACAUCCAGCGAAUAUUCAACAUCAAGCGCCUGCCACCACCCCUUGCAACCACCACGAACUUCCUUAGUGUCAUUGAGGACUCGAAAGUACGGCCUUUUUGA